AUGUCCGACCUCCCCCGAUUGCCCACUCGCGGCAGCACCUCCCCAGCUCCGCCUCCCCCUCCUCCACCUGCUCCCGUGCAACAGAGCCAGAACAAGUACUCGCACCGCGCCGCCAGUGCCCUUGCAAGAUUCGCUCAGCCGUUUUUCUCAGGGUCUCGGCCUCCUAGCCCGCACGGUCCCGGGGUUCGUACAGACUCGCCUGCUGCGACUGCCCGUUCUACCAGGCCCGGAGCAUCGCAAACAGUUACCCAUAAGACAGGCAUCUCGAUUGCUGCUUUGGAUAUUUCCCCGCAACGGACACAUGCAGUGAUUGGAGGAAAAGAGAUUCUGAAAACGAUCCGCGUCCUGCCUGAUCAUUCUUCGGAAGAGUUCAACUUGCGCAAUGCUAUCAUAAGCUAUUCCUCAACCCACCAUGCUGCCGGCGGUCUCUCCGCGCGGCACAAGGACCAGCUGACGGUGAAGGAUGUGAAAUGGUCACAUGGGCUCUACGAUCAGAUCAUCGCCACCGCGGUGGCCAAUGGCCGCAUCGUCGUUUAUGAUCUACACCGAACCGGCCUGGAAUAUUGCAGGUUUCAAGGUCACAGCCGCCAGGUUCAUCGGCUAGCCUUCAACCCACAUCAGCCAGCAUGGCUCCUUUCUGGCAGCCAGGAUGCCCACAUUCGGAUGUGGGAUUUGCGUGCUGUAGCAGCAGAUCGUGGUGUCUCGGUGUGUGGUAGCAGGGAGAAUUUUAACGGUAAUAGCGAUGCUGUUCGUGAUAUAAGGUGGUCUCCCAUCGACGGGGUCAUGUUUGCUGCAGCCACUGAUAGUGGUGCAAUUCAACUAUGGGACAUCCGCAAAUCGAACAGUCCCGUCAUGCGGAUUACCGCUCACGAUAGGCCUUGCUAUUCAGUAGAUUGGCAUCCUGACGGGAAGCAUAUCGUUAGCGGUGGUACGGAUAGGCAAGUUAAGGUCUGGGAAUUCUCAACGGGUGCCGAGCGCAGACAGAAGCCUAAAUUCCAAUUUCGAACUCCCCAGGCGGUCCUGAAUGUCCGCUGGCGCCCGCCUUCAUGGUCUAGCGAGAUAGAUGGCUCUGGCGAUUGGCAGUCAUCACAAGUAGUGACCUCAUAUGAUAAGGAAGACCCGCGGGUCCAUCUAUGGGAUUUUCGUCGACCUCACAUCCCCUUUCGAGAAUUUGACCGAUAUGAUUCCACUGCUACCGACUUGCUUUGGCAUUCUAAGGACCUCCUCUGGACUGCAGGUGAUGGCGGUGUAUUUACUCAGACAGACAUCCGCUAUGCCCCCCAAGUGGUCAAUCGACGCCCUACCUGCUCAGUGGCCUGGAGCCCUAGCGGCGAGGUUAUUGCUUUCGCCCAGAAGCGUCCCAGGAGGAGUAUCUUGGGCCUCAGCACAAAUGAGUUUAUUGGACAGCCUGAAGAAGAGGACUCCAGUGGCGAGACUCUAAGCCAGAGCCCCCCUGAGGAAGCAUACGCCACCAACAGCCACCGAUCUCAUCCCAAUACUACCGCUCGAGAGAUUGCUCUCGAAGGAUACAUCUUCGACCCUGUGCCAGAGGGGGAUGGUGACCGCUUGCGCUCAUUGUUGGAUUCACUCAACCACAAUGCCCAGUGUGCCGAAGAGAUUCUAUUGUCUAAAUUAGCCCAAACCUGGCGCAUAGUGGAAUAUGCUAUCGUGCAGGAGCUUCAAGCACGGGAAAUAGACCAGCGGCAGGCACCAGAAAAGGGAACUCGCACUGUUAAAAAGAAAUCUUCCUUGGAUGAUCCAGUUGUCGAGAAAGUGCGGAAUUUAGAGGACACGAAACAUGAGAAAAUGAAGACUCGCUUCUUCAAGGGAGUGAUGGAGAACGAAACUCCAAAACACACACUCUCGGAUAUCGAGAGCGCUUCAAACAUGACAACACCGCUUGCCCAACCUUUACCAGAUUCCCCACCCGACUCGUAUGACAACCCCAGUACGCAGUUCACAUCCUUGGACGAAGCUAGGGACAUUCAACCACUGCCGCCGUCGGUUUUGAGCUCAAACCAGGGUACCAUGACUUCGAACGAGUGGUCUUCCAUGUCAGAUAUGGAUUCUCGACCUAUUCAUCCACUCCAACAUCGCGAGUCUAAUGCUAGUGAAUCCAAUGUCAGUGAAAAUGUGCGCAUACCGUCAAACAGUCCGCCAACUGGCCGACGUGACUCCAUUCCCGCCGAAAUCGAGGAGGAACAGAGAUCUGCCCCUCUAGCAAUUGCCGGUAGAGCAGAUUGGCAUAGUCGCGGUCGACCGCGGCUCACGAAACAAGUCUCAGACGUGGACGAAUUCGAUCAAAAAUUGGAGGACAAACGGGCUGCCUUCCGAGACUACAAGAUAUUCCCCAAAAAGCCUCUGUCACUUGAAUCGCACGCCGGGUCUGCUAAACCCGCUUUCUAUCGGCACGAAUCCACUGAAAGUUUUCUAAUGUUUUCUGCGUCAACUGCAAGUUCGCAUCCUUCCAAAUCACCGGCGACAUCGUUUACAUCCGACGCUAGAUUAUAUGAUGCACACGAAGGGGUCUCUAGGAAUGACAGAAUGCUAAGGACGCGUAGCGAUUCAGUUAUUACCUCUAACUCCAUACCAGAAGAGGAGUUUGAGAGCAAUGAAUCAUUUGCUGAAAGCCCCAAUGGUCAUCACCAUAUUCAUCUUGACAGGCCAUCUACGCCGCCUCCGCUUUUAAAGGAAUCGACCCCUUUGAAGGCCCCGGGCCAAGAAGAUGAGGACGUCGCUAUUCGGCCAGCAACAAAUGGUGCUACCUCAACCCUCGCAGACUCUGGAACUCCGAACGGUCUUCCCUGUGUCUCCAUUCCAGUGCUAUCUAAUCAAACCGACAAUAAUCCGUGGAGCGCGGAAAUGCUGUUGAGGGAGGCGAUACGCCAUUAUCACAGUGGUACUGAGGUUGAUAUCCAGUCUGCUGCCCACUUACUUCAAAAGUUGCGUAUUCUAUUCGAGGACUGUGAGAAUGUUCUACCGCAUGCGGAGAGCGAAGCCAUAUUCAAAAUCUACAAUGAAAACCUCAUCCGUCAGUCCAUGUAUAUCGAAGCAGCCGAGCUUCGCUUACUCUGCGAGCCAUCCUAUUCCUCGGUCUAUGAAUAUGCUCAGGGAGACACCUACAUGAAUGUGUUCUGUUUCACAUGCAAAAGGCCCUAUGAAAACCCAAAGACAGACAACACUCGCUGCCACCGCUGCAGUACUCCGCAGGAGCCCUGCACCAUUUGCAUGAGUCUCAGCCCGCCACCAGAAUGGGUUGCGGAGCAGAGUGCAUUACCCCUUGACGCACCCUUCGAUUUGGAUUCGGACCUCGCCCCUAACAUCUUCUCGCCAUCUUAUACCUCGCCCAAAACCGAAGCCCUGCCUGCCGAAAUAGGAGAUCUUGACGGAAAACCUUUAAAGACAUAUGAACGCGCCCGCCCCAAGGGGACCACCCUCUGGUCCUGGUGCCAGGGUUGCGGCCACGGCGGUCAUCUAGCCUGUAUAAGCACGUGGCUAAAAGACAUUGAUGUAAGUGAAGGCGGCUGCGCAACCCCCGGUUGUAUGCACGACUGCGCCCCGGGCCCCCGCCGUGAACACAACCGCCGCAUCCUCCUCGACGAAUCAAAGAAGCGCGACACGGCCAGCCGAAAGGCCGGCGUUGGCUUCGUUAAACGCGACACCUGGGCCAAGGGCGAGAGCAAAGCCGUCGAAAAGGUCCGCGGUAUGUUAAGCGUUGGUGCGUCGGCUGGAAGUGCAUCUACGGCCACCACUACGACUACCAGCGUCGCUCCCAGUGCAACAUCUUCGAAUCUGAUGUCGUCCCCCAAGAAAGUGCGUCUGGUUACGCCUAGUGAGCAGGUAAAGCCGUCUAAAACUAGCUCUGCGCGUACUAGUUUUGGUUGA